UCUUUUUGUCCCUCUUCCUCCUCCUCCUUCUCCUCCCUCUACCCACUGUUUCUUUCUCUUCUGUCUAUCUAUUUAUACCUCCUCCUCCUUUCAACCCUUCAUUCUCCACAACACACUAAUUAAAAACCCUACUUUAGUUUCUCUAUUUACACCCACCGCAAACCAAGUCCACAAUUUAAGAAAAACCAAUCAUGUCCCCUGCAGCUAACUCAUCAUCAUCGAGAUGGUGCCCUACCCCAGAGCAACUGAUGCUCCUUGAAGAGAUGUACAGAGCUGGAAUUAGAACCCCAAAUGCCUCUCAAAUCCAACACAUCACUGCCCAGCUCUCUUUCUAUGGCAAGAUUGAGGGCAAAAAUGUAUUUUACUGGUUCCAAAACCACAAGGCAAGGGACAGACAGAAACUUAGGAGAAAGCUUUGUAAGCAACUGCAGCAGCAGCAACUACUCUAUCACCAUCAUAAUAACCACAAUUACCCUAACUACCACUAUCAUCAGCAGCUGAAUCAGCAGAGCUUUCUUGGCUACCUUGAGUCCCCUCCUCCUGCAUCUUCUGCUCUUCAUCAUCCGCAACUUUCUACUUGUCAUCAUCACGAUAACUACUCAUCAACUGGGUUUCUUCCUCCUCAGGUAGGAGUUGAAGAUGCCUUGAUAAACUACACCUGGAAGAUGACGAUCCCAGAGAAGGUGGAGAUGGAGAAGUCCGUGAUGAGUAUGCACGGCCGUGAUUGGAUGAUGAAUGUAGGCCCACCAUCCCCAUGUUGCACUAGUACAAGAAGUACUGCUACUACUUCUAGACCACCCCUCAAGACCCUUCAACUCUUCCCUACCACUGCCGCUAAUCUCAAAGAAGAAUCCACGCCCUCCUACAAUGCUCCCUCUUCCUCUAGCCUCACAGACAAUUACUAAAAACCCUACUACUACUAUCUCCUACUACUGCAUCUCUCUCUCUCUCUCUCUCUCUCUCUCUCUCUCUCUCUCUCUCUCUCUCUCUCUCUUGUUGGGUGUCUUGGUUUCUGCUAUGUGUUUUCUGUGUUUUUCUUCUGUGAUGUGAAAGAUCUCAAUUGUCCAAUGAGUGGUAAUCGGGUUCUGGGUCCUAUAGUAUCUUAACCUCUCGACUCAAACAACCUACUACUAUUUAUUUGCACAACAGUACAAUAUUGCAUGCAGCGUUGUAUUUCUUUGUUUUCAAGUCUCAGCUUGUCUGUUGUGUGUAGCUUAAAGCUGACAUAUUGCACACCCAGUACUUGAACUGAUUACUACAUGUUGUAUAUCUAGUCAUGUAGAAGUCAGCUUUUUAUCAGUGUUAUUUGGUCUUGGACCUUUCGAACAA